AAUUUCAGUGAGGUACCGACUGAUUUAAGUAUGGGCCGUAAGCAAUUUGAUAAGUUUAGUGGGGCUUUCAAAAUCCGUAUUACAAUCAUCCGCAGUAGGUGUCUUUGCGUGCAAUCAGAAUAAUUUAAGUUUGUGUGAAAUGUCGCAGAACUACGUUCUUCACACACACACAGACACAUGAUCUCGCCCGUCCCGUUUCAUGCGCAGUGUAUUCCUCCGCGCUCGCCAGAAAGCAUUUCUUGAGGGCAAGACAAACACCCAGGAUGUUGGGCCACACUAUUUUUCACUUUUAGACCAAUUCGAGCGCGUUAUUUGUUUUAAACGGCAUGGAGGUGGAUAAGGGUUAUAUCCCCCGACUUCUUAAAUGUAAUGCAUUGGAAAAUAAGGAUGAAUUUGACGAGAAGUGUGACCGUGCUUACAAACAUGUUCAAAAUCUCAUUACUGGACUAUCAGACAAGGAAACUCACGACGUACUCAAUAAGGCUGUUGCAAACAACAGCCAUGACCAAGUUUCCCUUGGCCUGCUUGUCAGCAUUCUUAUUGAUCCACAUCUUGCCCCUAGAAGCUUCCGUGACUUGAUGUUGAUUCAGAGAGAUGGUCUAGGGUCUGUAAUAGGCAAUUUAAUCCGUGUUAUGCAUGAAUAUUAUCUUCGCCUUCAAGAUAUAGUCAGAACACAAUCAAUAUGGCUGUUUGGCGAAUUAAUAAGGACAGGAGUGGCUAAUGUGGAUAAUUUGUGUUUUACAAUGCUCCGAUUGUGUGCGGGCGGAGAUUUAUCUCCAAGGAAUAUUACACACAUUGACCAAAUACUGCUUGCUUUUGAGAACAACAGGGUAUGGCUGGACAAACAUCCUGACCAGCUUCGUGCUGCUGUCGUCACAUUUCUGAGGCUCCUUGAAGACCAUAACCACCCAACACUUACAUCACUCAAGCAAAGAGAGGUUACUUUUGUUGUCUCACUUAUCAGAGAGCGCUUUGCUGAGUGUAUGAUGAUUGGGCGUGACUUGGUUAGGCUCUUGCAAAAUGUAGCUAGAAUACCACAGAUUGAACAGCUCUGGAGAGACAUGUUACACAAUCCUAGAUCGUUAUGUCAAACAUUUACUGGUAUUCAUCAGCUGAUGCUCACUAGAACUGGGAAGACAAUGCUUCGUUGUCGUCUCACUCCAGAUAUGGAAACCAAAAUAAGUUAUCUAUUAUUGAGUGUUAAAUUUGGUCACCAUAAAAGGUAUCAGGAUUGGUUCCAAAGACAGUAUUUGAACACACCAGAAGCCCAAACACUAAGAUGUGACUUGAUAAGAUUCAUAGUCUGUGUCAUUCAUCCUUCAAAUGAUAUUUUGUGUUCAGAAGUGAUGCCAAGAUGGGCAGUAAUUGGUUGGCUUCUUACAACAUGUACAUCAACAACCAUUUCCUGCAAUGGCAAAUUAGCUCUUUUAUAUGACUGGCUCUUCUUUGAUCCUGAGAGAGACAAUAUAAUGAAUAUAGAGCCUGGAAUAUUGGUGAUGCACAACUCCUUACGACCUCAUCCUUUAAUAACUGCCACUCUUCUUGAUUUUCUUUGUAGAAUAAUCCCUGGCUUUUAUCCACCUUUGACUGAGAAAGUGAGACAAGGAAUCAACGCAUCACUUCGUCUCAUUUUGGAAAAGAGGGUACUGCCCACUCUAUACCAUCUUUUCGACAAUGCAAGAUUAGAUGUAGAACUUAGAAAUAACUUAAAAUCAUCGUUUAAAGAAUUUUGCUUCCCACCCCCACCUAUCAAAGAUUCAGUCGGGGGUAGACUUGAUGGAAUUGUGUCCGGAGAGAUUGAGUGUCCUCAUCCUGGAAACAACAACAACCAUCAUGGUAGCAAUGAAGGUGAACCAACUUUCAGUGAUGAUGAAGAAGCGGAGGAGAAUGAUGUAGAACAUGAAGUAGAAGAAAGCGAGCAGACUGCUGGCAGUCUAGUUCGAACUCUUCGGAGACUUAGUCAAGAUGACGACGAAGAUGAAGACAUACCUCUUGCCAAAGUGAAACUUAAGAAAGGGAAGAAGGGGGCCACAAAGAACAAUAUUAAACCUGUUUUAGAGGGAGAGUUAAGAAGUGCUGCAGAAACUCUCCGGUCUCAGUCUGAUAAUGAUGUCAAAUGUCAAGCAAUGGAGAGACUUGUCCAGUGCAUAAUCAGUGAAGGUGAAUUGGACUGCGAAAUAAACACGGCUCUAGCUUCUUGUUUGUGUGUGUCUUUUAAAGACCAACUUGAAGGAAGAAUUUUUCCCAAAGAACCCAAUCAGGAAAUGGUAGAUGAGAGAAUAUCAAGACCUUUAUUUGUGCUUUUUAAGCACCUUUAUCAACUAUGUCAGAAAGAUGAUAAGAGAAGACAUCGUCUCUUUUCAUUGCUUUUAGAAAUGUACCAUAAAUAUCCAAGGAUAGGCUGGUUACUCUUGUUUUAUCUGAAAACAUGCAAACCAAGUGAUAAGAAAUCUGCCCUAUAUAAAGACAUGUGCUCAGCACGCAAAAAAAAUGAAGAAGCUUGCUUGUUACUAGAUCUGUCGCUGUGCCAAGAAGAAGAUGUGAAUGCAUUAUGCUGGCUGGUUCCAGAAGUCUAUGGGUUGUUUCCAGAUGUUGUAGUUGGACACCCGGAAAUCUUACACACAGUGGUGGCUGCCAUUGAUGCUCAACAGCUCCAAGACUUGAUUUACAUUGUUCUUCAGGGUGAACUAGAAAUGUUUCGUUCGGAUCAGUUUGCCUCUGUUCUUAUGGCUUCCUUGUCUUGGGAAACAAUGGAACAGUGUUGGCUUUGGCAGCUGGCAACAGCUCAUGAAAUUACUCUGGAUAUCCUGUUACCUAUUUUGUCCAAGUUAGACUUCUGUGCUCACCCAGAGGCACUGUCCUCUAUCAUGUUGAUGAUGAAAGAGGAAAGACCAACUGCCGAACUUAUGAGACAUGUAAUGUCUCGAGAAGCAAAGCCUCCCAAGGAUGUGUUUGUUGUGUCUCUUUUAAAACAUUGGUGUCGCAAUCAUGAAGAGAAAGUUGGUGAACUAGUUGCUGGACUCCUGAGCAAUCGGCAGCCAAAUACAUCUCCCAACAAGCGGAAACGAGGUGGUGCCCGCGGCGGCGGGGGUGGUGGUGCAGCAAGUGGUCCUCAACUUAGCCCUGACCAAGUGCUUGGACAUCUUGAUCAUUUGCGUGUGCACAGUGGGAGCUCAUAUCCAUUAUAUGCAUUAGACUCCGUACAAAAGGCUCUUCAGCAAGUGCAGAGUUCAUGUACUGAUUCCCAGCGUAAAGUGUUUAGCGAACUUUUUGCUUUGGCGGAGACUGAGGAAGUGGAAAGCAAGUCAACAAAGACUGGGAAGAAGACUGCAAACAACAGUUCAAGUAGGGGAAAGACCAAUACACGAGGGAACAGACCACCUUACAAAGAGCCCAUCACCAGUGAGGAGAGCAGUGAGGAGGAGGAAAUAGUUAAGAAACAACCUAAGAAGAGGAAAAAGAAUGCUGUUGGAUCAGACAGUGAGUGAAGAAAGAAAUUAUUUUUAUCUCUCUUCACCUGAGGACUCUUUAGGGCAGAGAAUAAAGAAUUAUUUUUGAGCCAUCUUUGGACACUCAUUAUACUGUAACAAAGAAAACUGUAAAGUAAUUGUACACAUGAUUAUGUUAAGAUACUUGAAUGAAUUACAAAAUGUACUGUAUUUAUUUGAAUUCAAGCCUUGAUGUCUUUUGUAUGUGAUAUUUGAUAUUUUUGUGGAGCCAAUCUGGUAUUUUGAAAUGCCUUUUUUCAUCAAUCUGCCUUUUGCAGAAUUUUAAUGUUGUCACUUGAAGUUGGCUGGUUUGGGGACUCAAUUUUCUUAUUUGAAUUUAGGCUUCAAAAGAACAAUAAGAAAAUAAUGAAAAUUAUAAUAAAUGUCAUGUUUUAGAGACCCUAUUAUACGAAUUGAAUAAUUGUCUAACCCUAUUUUAACCUGUAAAUCAGUAUUACGUACAAAAACAGUCACUAUCAAUUUAAUUUUUGUCCCAAUCCAUUCAGCAUUCCAUGUGUUUCCAAAAGUGUGCUGCCAGAAUUAGUUAAUAUGUUCUACCCAGUAUUUUACUAAGUGCCAGAGUGAUUGGUGUAUGUUUAUGAAAUGUGAUAAAUUUAUUCAUUCUAGAAUAAGUUGGUGUGUGGUUCUAUGCUCUAAAAUUAGAAUUGGCUUGAAUUCUGAUAAAUAUGGGCAAAUGAGUGUCUAGUACAUCAGUACCUGAUACUUUAUGUUCCCAUCUUGACUAGAACCAAUGUAGGUGUUAUAUUUUAUGACCGUUGUUUGAGUCUUUCUUAACUCAUUUUUUACUGGAUUUUGAAUAUGUUGAUGUGUGUGGAAUAUCCUGGGAGUCACUGGAUUACGGUAGCUUCCAGAGAUAAACAGUCAAGCUUGUACCAUGAACAUAAAUUGAAAUUAUGUUCACCUACAAGAAAUCUUGUACACUCAUUAUUGUUAAUAAAUGCACAUACAUUACAAUG